AUGAUCGGGGUCAUGCAAUUCGUCAUCGCAGGCGUGAUCUUGCUCGUCAUAACCGCCCUCGGCCUCUGGCGGACUUUGGCAGUUUGGAAUCGACGAGAACCAUGUGCCUGUCAGCGCCGCAAUACCAGGCGAGGAGAUUCGAGUGGAUGUCAACAGAUUAUCAGAGCUGAAGUACUUGAUUCCUCGACUACAGACGUGGCGCAGCAGGGUCCGAGUAGACGGCGAUUGAAGAAUGGACUUGAUCCCCGCGAGUCAAGAGCUAUUCCUAACAAGCGUCUUGUACAUGCAUUUGGGAUCAAUAACUGUUUCACGACUGCUGAAAAACAGCGAUGCGCGGCUUUUAAGGCACUGGCUACUAAACUGGUUAUCUUGGAUGAAGAAGAGUGGAUUUGGCUCGCAGAUGAAGUGGACGGAGUCUGUAAGAGGCAUCUUCGCUCACAGACCAAGCAGAAGCUCUCCAGUUUGAUACAACUCGUCACUAUGAAAUCUAUACUGGGUCCACUCUGCGGCUUCGACUCUUCACGUACUGAUGUGGAUGCUGAGCUGCAAGUUCUAGCGAGUGAGAUUAAUCACCAGUGGCUAAGAUCUAAAGAGGGCUUGACAGAGGAAAACAAGUUUGCAAACCAACCACGGCUGAGACAGGCUCUUGCAGUCAUCGCACCGGCGUGGGAUGGUCGAGAUGAAACUGAAAAUCCUCUGAACCUCAUCUUGCCCGGAUACGAGACACUCUGGCGAGUCGUACUGCGGGGUUUCCUGGAGGUGGUGUUUCGGGCAAAAGAGCCUGAUCGAGCAAACUGGGGACGCGCGUUGCAGGACUUCGUUGUGGACCCCUCUCUGGAUCAACUUGACACUGGUCUUCCGCAGUACGGCGGAGUAUCGGUCCACAUGAUUGUCAAGGAGGCCCUUCGCCUCUAUCCACCCACUCGCAGAAUCUACCGCGCGUACCAGGUUGGAGCAGCCGAACCAUUCGAGGCGUCUGCAGACAUCGAAGCUCUACAUCGCGACGUCGCUACUUGGGGUGUUAAUGCUCUGAAGUUCGAUCCUACUCGCUGGCUGGGUAACUGCGAUCAUGCAUGUUUCAGAAAGGACAACUUCAUGCCGUUCGGCAAUCAGCCUUUCGUGUGCGUUGCGCGGGGUCGAGGCGUCAAGGAAGGUGAGAAGUGCUUACCUUUCGGCGUCAGCAUGAUUGCAGUUAUUCUUGGGGGUCUUGUUGCCGCUGCUGGUGACAACACUAAGCUCGUCUGUGCCGGCUCGGAAUGGAAGACUGACGAGCCGCUGAAAACUGGCAGGGAAGACUAUUAUGCAGAGAACCUCGAAGUUACAGGAUCAACCCUUGUGUUCUUGCAUGGUGCGAGCGGCGAAAUGACAUGGUUUCGUGAUAUGAAGCCUAGUAACGAAGCGGCGCGGAUAGAUUAUCGAAUUGCUGUGCCACCGUAG